AUGCUUAUCACUGCGCCUGUCCGCACCGCGCUCUCCACGCCACUCUGCUCGACACGCUGUGUGCUGCCGGUGGGUGCUGUUGACCUUGUUUAGCCUUAGCUGCAAUUUCAUGAUGACAAUUUCUUUCCCCAAAUGAAGUGUGAUUAACUUGAUUCCCUGAAGUUUUGUAUCUUACAGCAAGCCAUUGCCCAUACUCCCUGCUAAUUGCAGUUAAUUCCGAUUCCAGUUUGGUCGGAGCUUCGCCCAUCUUCGCGUGUUGGUCGCCGAACAAAGUUUGCCUUUAGGGGAACGUGCUAGUCGCGCCCUCACAGUUUCCUGGCCUAGGGACUCGUCCGUGGUCUGCGGUAAGCACCCGCUGAUGACAUCUAACACCAAAUCCAAUGAGUUGUGAUUUCUGCAUCACCAACUGAAUCCUAUGUAACUCCCACUCUUUGUCGUUUCAGGAAUCGUGGACAACCGGCGUACAUUCACGGGUGACUAGGUAAAUGAUGUUUAUCUUUCGGGUCUUAAUCCUGCUGUGAAUACUUUACUGAUCCAAAUUUCGCAAUUUGCUUGCCUCUUCUGGCUUACCGGAAGUCUUGUGGUUUUCAGGUCUGAGAAAUCUCCCCGUAGGCGUCACUCAUCCGCGCUGCCAGGUGAGUUUUGUGAUGAGAAGAUCCAACUUGACUCGUGAAAUAUUUAUGAGCUUUUUAACCCUGACCUUGUCCCGCAUCGUUACACGGACUUUUGUCUUUCAGGAGACUGA